ACACAUUUCUCUGAGCAGAAUUCCUGGCAAGAUAGAGCAGUGACUGUCAGCUCCAAGCCCAGAGUUUACUGGACUGGGAAUCUUUGUGGCUGUCUUGAAGACAGUAAAGGGUGAUCAAGCAGGAAAAAUUAAUAAGGAAACCCCAAAAGAAGGAGAAACGAGUGGCUAAAGAAUUUACUAUGUGACUGGAAGUCAGGGAGAAGAGAACAGAAUAAAGCCAACACCAGCCCAGAGAGCACUGGCCUCAGACCACAGGCCUGAGGUAAAAGUGAGCACAGACCCCCGCAGGGAGCCAGCAUCGACCUUAGCCUCUACCUGAAGAUCUGCAGAGGCACAGGAGCCCUGGAAGUCUCAUUCCUGAGACUGGAAGCUGGGUUGAGGAAGUCCAGAAGGGCCUCUGAGAAGACCUUUCAGCCACAAAGAGGCUCAGGGUUCACUUGGCCAUCUAGGGCCCAUAGGUGGCAGCCUAGCCUCCCAGGGACUGCCUGAAGCCAGCAGGAAGGGGACACAAGUCAGAGAGAGGACAAAGGUGGAUGCUGGCUCCAAACCUCAUCCCACCAACCCUGCCUGUUUUCUCUUUGUUUUCUGGUACCAUUACUCAGUUCGCUCCAGGAUCCUUGCCUAGGCUGGUAACUGUGAAAGCCUCCACCACCAAGAAGAUCCUCUCUGGAAAAUUGAACCUCUAUUUGGUGACAACUAUAGACCUGUGGAUAGAGGACAAGUGCCUACCAGCUCUUCUGCUGGAAGCCACCUCCUAGUCUUAAAGGUGUUCAAGGUCCAUGGAAGUCCCUGUGUCCAAGGAAUUGUGGCUGAAUUACCCAGCAUCAGGAUUCCCAAUCACCACCUCUGUGUCCCCAGAAGCUCCGGGAAGAAAAUAUACCACCCUCUGCUGGCAUCUCCCUGGGCACACACAGAGUGUUCCUCCUAGCAGCAGGGCUAGGCCAUGGCAGGCCCUACGAUCCACAGGGACAUGGAGAAGAGUUCAGGAUACUGUGAAGCCCCAGAGAAUCUGGGCUUGUCCUUCUCCAUUGAGGCAAUCCUGAAGAAACCCACAGAAAGAAGAAGUUUGCCCAGACCACAAAGCAUUUGUAAAGAGGACUCCAGGCAGACAACUAUCCCAGGUUCCAAGCUGGAGAGGCCCCCACAGGAUCAGCCCCAAGAAGAGAAAAAGAACAAGCGGAGAGUUCGCACUACCUUCACCACAGAGCAGCUACAGGAGCUGGAGAAGCUCUUCCACUUCACCCAUUACCCUGACAUCCAUGUCCGUUCCCAAUUGGCUUCCAGGAUUAACCUGCCUGAAGCUCGAGUACAGAUCUGGUUCCAGAAUCAGAGAGCCAAGUGGAGGAAGCAGGAGAAGAGUGGGAACCUCAGUGCCCCACAGCAGCCUGGUGAGGCCGGCUUGGCCCUGCCCUCAAACAUGGACGUGUCUGGUCCUGUGCUGACACCCACUGCUAUGACUACAUUGGUACCUCCCACAGAAUGCUGCCUACUCUCUCAGACUCAGCUCCCUUCAAGCUGGUUCCCUACACAGAUUCCCCUUGUCCCAUGGCACCCAUGGGACCUACAGCCCCUGCCUGGCCCUCUCACCCAGCAUCCUUGUGUCCCUACCUUCAUGUUCCCACCCCUACACCCCAAGUGGGGCAGCAUCUGUGCAACUUCAACAUAGGGACUGAUUUUUCUCUUUCCAAGCAAGCAACUCUCCUCUCUCAGUGAUGGCAGGCAGCCCUGGACCUCAGAGAAAAUCACUCCACAAUCCAUCAAUGACCCACAGUCCAGGAAGCUACCCAGAGCUUGCCAUUAAAGACUGUACUGGCUAUGGAAGACAUCAAAGGACAGCUCGAGUCUCACCAGCCAGUCAGUCUCCUAAUGCUGAAGACUGGCUGACUAAGGGCUGGGGAUGAAGUCCAGAAUAAGCUGCUCUUCUUUUACCCCUCUGGACAUCAUCUGUAACCAAGCAGCCAUUUCUGUGGACCCCUUUCUCCUUUACUUAGGAGAGCCUUGGGAAAUACAAGGCAUGGAGAGGGGCUGCACAUCCGUGUACUUGUUCAUGAUGUCCAUACUGAACACUGAGCAUUGUGCACUUGAAAAUAGAUGUUGAGAUGCACAGGUUAGAUUCUGCCCAGGUUAGCUGAAAGGUGAUCCUGACCUCUACCUGCAGAUGGAUAUUGAUGACAUUGCACUGGGCUAGUGUCUAGAACACUCUGUAUGACUUUGAUAUGAGAAAUCUCAGACUGGGAGAGAAAUGGAAGAAAUAUUUUAAUUUAAAUG